AUGUGGAGCUCCACGCAGGUGUCCGUGCGAAGCACUAACUCUGCCCCUCUUGCCCCACAGAUGCUGAUGCUGGUGGCCCUGGUGCAGGUGCUGUGUGUGGUCCCUGCUGCAGCCCUGACGGGCUUCCCCAGCAAGUUUCUGGUCGGGGAGGUCAAUAGCCAGGUGGUGGUGACGUGCGACACCCCCCAGGAGCACGUGUCCUGGAAGCAGAACGGGGAGCCCGAGAUCAUGGCUGAGCACUACGUCGCCGGCCGCACCCUCACGCUCGAGGGCCUGGACCAGCCGGCCACCGGCAACUACACCUGCUGGCACGGCCCUCGCCUGCUGGACUCCACCUACGUGGUGGUCAGCGACCCGGAGUACCCCCUGCUGCAGGACUCCCCAGUCUCCUGGCCCUGGCCCCAGCCAUGCCCCUCCCUUCCCCGCCCCACUGCCCCCGUCUGCCCCCUCUCUCUGACCCCCAUCCGCCCCCCGGCUGGACCUCACCCCGCUCCACUCUCCGUCCUCUGUGCCUACCCCCCCAGCCCCUGUCCCCGGCCGGACCCCCUGCCCCACGCCCCUCCUGACCUGCCUGUGCUCUGCCGCAGCCCCGGUGGCGCCCCCGGGGCCUGGGUCUACGUGGGCGGAGGCGCCGCCUUGCAGGGCCCGGACUGGCCCCAGCCUUUCACGGUGACCCUGGCGGACGGGACCUUCUGCCCCUUCGCUGAGGAGCCGAGGCCGCUGGAGCUGGCGCUGGAGGGAAUCUCGGCUGAGAGCUUCGUGAACAUCACCCGCAGCCUCUUCCUCCGGGACAUCGUGAGGCCGGGCCCACCGCAAGACGUGUCUGCACAGAGCAAGGGCGGGCGCCUGCACCUGUCCUGGGCCCCCCCAGCCUCCUGGUCCAGCCCACACUCCUACUUCCUCCUGCGUUACCAGCUGGAGUACCAGCACUGGGACGGCACCACGGGUUCCCUCCAGCUGGAGGGGGUGACGGAGACGAGCGUCGAGGGGGAUGUGUGGUGGGUGCAGAUCCGCUGCCAGGACCCCUUGGUGAACUCCACCUGGAGCCCCUGGACCACCUGGCAGAAGGUGUGACGGGGCCUGUCAGAAAUGGGUCUGCAGCCCCCUUACCCUCCAGCCUCCGCACAUCGGCACCCUCAACCCAUACCCCCAUCUGCUGUAUUUAACCCAGCCCCUGCUGCCCCCAUCUAACCCUAACACUGGCCAGACACCCCCCCGCCAAGGGGUCUAGGAUUUGGGACUGCCGACCCCAGAGCCCUGUCCCAUCUUGAUCCCCCGGACAUCACCCCUUCCCACCAGCUGCCACGGCUGGGAUCUGCUCUCCUGAGCGCCUACAAUAAACGACAGCUGGUGCCCUGGA